AAUGGGUUGAUCCAGACGCCUUCCAACUUUCGACCAGAACACAAGUAGUUCAUUACGUUGAAAUAAAAUGACCACAAUUAUCGCAUUGAUACCUUUCUUCUUCACGCUUGCUUCCAGUCAAGCAUCAUGGCCAGAUGGCAGGUAUUGCCUACCAAUGCCUUCAAACAAGCAAUGUCCAUCAGGAUGGUCAAAAGGCUACAGAAGACACGACAUGGAAGAUCACGAUGACCAUAAAUAUUGUGAUGUAAAACGCCAUGGAUGGGUUCCGUACAACUAUGACUUAUGCAGAAAUCUUGGCUGGGGAUUUUGCUGCAAAACUCGAGAGAAUUCUCCUCGCACAGAAAAACAGUGGCCUUCCGGAUCAUAUUGCAUUUUCAGAUAUGGUGGUUCGUGUCCUAAAAAUUUUGCUUCAGGAUAUAUUUUCUGGGAUGACGAAGAUCGGCGAAAUAACAACGGUCGCAGUGGGGUUCUUCCAGAUGGGGAUUACGGUCGAAACACCAAGAUAUACUUUUGCUGUCGUGAUGUGCAAGGGCUCUGGACAUCAAAACGGCUGUCAGGUCUACCCAAAUGCUCUGAAAUGAUUCUAAUGCGAUACAAAGGAAGAUGUCCCGGAGCUCAACGCGGUUAUCUUGGACCUCAUACUGGAUACUUGCAGUGGGACACUGAAGACAGUCGGAACGUAGACGCACGUGUUGGGGUAUUUCCCGACGGUAGAAAAACGUUUGGAAGUGGGAUAAAAAUCGAAUUUUGUUCCUACACAUCGUAUGAUACUUGUUAAUCGUCGUAACCGCACGUUGAUAUAAAUUUACCAUUAGUUGUUUAAUUAAAAACAGUGGACGUUAGCUUAAAAUGUAAGUGUUGAAUAAUAUCAAUCGUUGCUUCCUGUACAUGUGGUUUCCAUAAAUAAAAUUAC